ACUUUCAGAGAGGUCGACUGUAUUCUGUUCUCUAAACUAGAAAUGCAAUUAAGUGGGGCGACUCUUCAUUUUCAAAUUUUGCCAUGUGGGGCGGACUUUUUCUGUUAGUUUUAUGGUAUGGCUGUGCCCUAAACCAUUGCUUCAUAAACCAGAGAUAUUUUAACUAACGGUAAAGAUCACCCAUGCAGCACGAAACAACUCGAAAUAUAAAAGUGACCAUUCGCGAAAUCUCUCCAUGCGUGCACAGUACAUAUAUUAUAGUUUUGAAUUUGCAUACUAAUAAGGUCAAUUCACACAAUCAAUGGAAAAACCAGGGACUAGGUUCAGUCGUCUCCUAGAGUGCCAUUUGGGCAGCGUUACAGGCGCCAGUUUGUGUCCAAGCCCCUCCUGCGACAAAGUUGGUGCAUUGAGCUCUCGGCCAAAUAGGAACUGUGGUCAAGAGAGGAAAAAGCAAUAAGUUACGCAAAUAUGUGGUACGCUCUCCUCAUCUGCGUGUUGGUGGUGGGGGCAAUGGCUUCCAAACCCGGUACGCCAAUUGGAUCCACGCACGGUGUCGGCCAGCAACCUGGAGAAGGGCCCGAGCUCUGCUGUGUUCCACGCUACCUCACAUUCAAACAAGUGACGACCAUGACCUCGGUCAAGGACGGCAGUCUGUCGGUUGAGUAUGAAAAUAUUGAGGGCGCCUAUGACGCUAGGUUUGAGCGCACUUCUAUCAGACUUCUCGUCGAUUACUUCAACAACACGGAGGUCCACCUGAAAGUCAUCAAUGAUUACAGACAGGGUGUUUCGUAUCGCAUUCAGCAGCACCAAGGAAAAGAUGUUUGCUUCGUCAAUCACCUGAAGAGGAAGUUUCCCGAGGAUUGUCUAACAGAAAAUGAUAAGUUUCUUGGUAAGACGACUCUCGGCGAUCAUGAUCUCGUCGUGAACAACUGGUAUUACCUCAAUUCGGACAAGACCAAGCAUAAGAUUGUUAGUGUCCAGCAGGAAGGAUGCGUUCCUGUGAGAGUUCUCUCUCGCAAAUUUGACUUCGAGUCAGGCAAAGAAAUCAAGGUUGAGGAUUCCAGUAUCGUUGAUCUUCAACUGGGAAUCUGCGAUCCGGACAAGUACUUCAAACCUCCACCAUCUUGCGACAAGGGUCGUGCAUUGGACAAGCCUACUCCCCAGAUGUUGAAGUAUCACGGAAAGGGCCUUUUUCGCCGUUAAUUGUCUUCCCUCACCAUUCUGUCAGAAACAUGUAUUUGGACACUAACGGCUGUGCUCAUUGCUGUACCAAGCUUUUUGCUAUAAGUUGAGUUGCUUACAUGUCAAGUACUUCACCGUGCAACAAAUGCCAUCCAAAUUAUGCUAAGCCGUUUGUUACAUUAUAAGAGAUAUCUGAUGGGAUUGACACUGAAAUUGUUAAUACUUAGGCAGUAACGGUCAGUACCAAGAUCAGGACUAAGUCUGUUUAUUAUCCAGGAUACUAUAUUAGCCACUGCAAACGGAGCCCAAGGUUGUAAUAAAUUUCAAUGCAUGAACCCUUUCA